ACCUGUGGUACGGAAACUCGCUGCGGAGGUGGAAGGCAGGCAGGCGGACGGACGCCGGCGCUGCGCGUUCCCUCCCUCCUCCUCCUCCAGCCUGCCAGCCAGCCACCCAGCCGCAGCGCCCCACCGCAAGAAGCCGGAGGAGAGCGCCGAGGAGCGCGCGAGAUUUUAUCCUGAUGGCUGACUCGAAACCACUCUUCUCCCUUGAUGGGGACCCGGUGGCUGCCGAAGCCUUGCUCCGGGAUGUGUUUGGGAUUGUGGUGGAUGAGGUCAUUCGGAAAGGAACCAGUGCUUCGGAGAAGGUCUGCGAGUGGAAGGAGCCAGAGGAGCUGAAGCAGCUUCUGGAUCUGGAGUUGCGCAGCCAGGGCGAGGCACCAGAGCAGAUCCUGGCGCGGUGCCGGGCGGUGAUCCGCUAUAGCGUGAAGACCUGUCACCCGCACUUCUUCAACCAGCUCUUCUCAGGGUUGGAUCCCCACUCUCUGGCCGGGCGCGUUAUCACUGAGAGCCUCAACACCAGCCAGUACACUUAUGAAAUUGCCCCGGUGUUCGUACUCAUGGAAGAAGAGGUGCUGAAGAAACUCCGGGCCCUGGUGGGCUGGAGCUCUGGGGAUGGGGUCUUCUGUCCUGGUGGCUCCAUCUCCAACAUGUAUGCCAUGAACCUGGCCCGCUAUCAGCGCUACCCGGAUUGCAAGCAGAGGGGCCUCCGGGGACUGCCACCCCUGGCGAUCUUCACAUCAAAGGAGUGUCAUUACUCCAUUAAGAAGGGAGCUGCUUUUCUGGGACUUGGCACCGACAGUGUCUGGAUAGUCAAGACAGAUGAGAGAGGGAAAAUGAUGCCUGAAGAUCUGGAGAGGCAGAUCAGUCUGGCUGAGGCUGAGGGCGCUGUGCCAUUCCUGGUUAGUGCUACCUCUGGCACUACUGUGCUGGGGGCCUUUGACCCCCUGGAGGCAAUUGCUGAUGUGUGCCAGCGUCACGGGCUGUGGCUCCACGUGGAUGCUGCCUGGGGUGGGAGCGUCCUGUUGUCACAGACACAUAGACAUCUCCUGGAUGGGAUCCAGAGGGCUGACUCCGUGGCCUGGAAUCCCCACAAACUCCUCGCGGCAGGCCUGCAGUGCUCAGCUCUUCUUCUCCGUGAUACCUCGAACCUGCUCAGGCGCUGCCACGGCUCCCAGGCCAGCUACCUCUUCCAGCAGGACAAGUUCUACGACGUGGAUCUGGACACCGGAGACAAGGUGGUGCAGUGCGGCCGCCGUGUGGACUGUCUGAAGCUGUGGCUCAUGUGGAAGGCGCAGGGCGGGCAGGGGCUGGAGCGGCGUGUGGACCGGGCCUUUGCCCUUGCCUGGUACCUGGUGGAGGAAUUGAAAAAGCGAGAAGGAUUUGAGUUGGUUAUAGAGCCUGAGUUUGUCAACGUGUGUUUCUGGUUCGUGCCCCCCAGCCUGCGGGGGAAGCAGGAGAACCCAGAUUACAGUGAAAGGCUGGCUAAGGUGGCCCCAGUACUCAAGGAGCGCAUGGUGAAGGAGGGCUCCAUGAUGAUUGGCUACCAGCCCCAUGGGACCCGGGGCAACUUCUUCCGUAUGGUUGUGGCCAACCCUGCACUGACCCGGGCCGAUAUGGACUUCCUUCUCAAUGAGCUGGAACGGCUAGGCCAGGACCUCUGAGCCUCCUCCUUGCUGCUGGCCUCGACACCCCCCCUCACCCUCACUGUCUGUGUGUAUUCCCUUCCUGUGUUAUCAAGAGCAGAGUGAUCUUAACAAUGUUUAUAUGUGUUGACCCACUGACUCUUCUAUGAAAUAUUUGCUGUUGGGAUGCCUGAGUGGCUCAGUCAGUUAAGCAUCUGACUCUUGAUUUUGGCUCAGGUCAUGAUCUCAUGGUUUAUGAGUUUGAGCCCCGCACUGGGCUCCACGCGGACAGUGCGGAGCCUUCUUGGGAUUCUCUCUCUCCCUCUCUCUCUCUGCCCCUCCCCUGCUCAUGCUCUUUCUCUCAAAAUAAAUAAACUAUAUAUAUAUAUAUAUAUAUAUAUAUAUAUGUAUGUAUUAGGAGACUAUUUAAACUACAGUACAUCCACAUGAUGGAAUGUUACUCUGUCGCUAAAAUUAUGUGUACAAACGAUUUUUAUUGAUACGAGAAAAAAUGAUUUUAAUUUAAUGUUAUAUUGAAAAAGCUGGAUACAGGACUUUAUAUAUAGUGAUAGCUGAGCUAUGCUCAAACACACAUAGGGAAAAAACUGAUAAAAUAAAAUAUGCCAAAUGUUAAUAGUUUUCCCUGGGAUGGGAUUAUAGGUAAUUUAUAAUUAAAUUCUUUAUACCUUUUGUGCUCCCCCCUUUUAUUAUAUAAUGAAUAUGCAUUACUUUUAUAAUAGGGAAAUAAUAAAGUUAAAACUUCAACUAUAUUUUUUGGUAUGUUUUGAAGUUUGUUACUUUUCAACCAGAUAAUAGAGAAUGGGAAUUUUUUUUCUAAAGGCAGGUGUAAGAGGGG